CAUUACAAAGACAAGAUGAAGCAUUUGAAACAACGUCAAGAACGGAGAUGGAUUCUUGAGAGAGAAUUGCAGGAGUCGGACGUUUCUGAGGAGCAACAAAUGAAUCUUAUGAAGCAAUUGGAGCAAAAGGAGACUGAGUAUAUGAGACUUCAAAGGAAUAAAAUGGGUGUUGAUGACUUCGAAUUAUUGACCAUGAUCGGAAAAGGCGCAUUUGGCGAGGUUAGAGUUUGUAGAGAAAAAGCAACAGGCAAUAUUUAUGCAAUGAAAAAGCUAAAUAAAACAGAAAUGUUGCGUCGGGGUCAGGUUGAGCAUGUUAAGGCUGAGAGAGAUGUUCUAGCUCAAGUUAACAGCAAUUAUAUCGUCAAACUCUAUUCUUCGUUCCAAGACAAAGAUUUCCUGUACCUUAUCAUGGAGUAUUUACCGGGUGGUGAUCUAAUGACUUUGCUCAUGAAAAAGGAUAUAUUGACCGAGGAUGAGGCUAGAUUUUACAUCGCGGAGGCAGUUCUUGGCAUUGAAGCUAUACACAAAAGCAAUUAUGCCCACAGAGAUAUCAAGCCAGAUAACAUGUUACUAGGCAGAAAUGGACACGUCAAGCUUUCAGAUUUUGGAUUGUGCAAGAACUUGGAUUGCAGUAAUGAAAGGGAUGAUGGCAUUAUGCGAACAGUGAACUGUGAGGGGUUUUUUCAGGCUGAUGUGCAGCAGUUUACGGAGACAAACGCACAAGCCAAACAUUUAGGGCUUUGGAGAAAGAAUCGGCGAACUUUGGCUUAUUCAACUGUCGGUACCCCUGACUAUAUUGCACCCGAAGUUUUAUCAAAGAAGGGGUAUGGAAUGGAAUGUGAUUGGUGGUCACUUGGAGCUAUUAUGUAUGAAAUGCUUAUGGGUUAUCCUCCAUUUCAGUCUAAGGAAGCUCUCUCAACAUGCAGAAAGGUAGUAAAUUGGCGAUCACAUUUGAAAUUUCCCCAAGACUUGACAAUAUCUGAGGAAGCUAAAGACCUUAUUCAAAGACUGUUGUGUGACGUUGAGCGUAGGAUUGGCACAGGAAAUGUUGAGGAAAUAAAGGCUCAUCCUUGGUUUGAAGGCAUUCAAUGGGAUAAAUUGUAUCAGAUAGAGGCUGUUUAUAUACCUGAAGUCAAUCAUGAAUUGGAUACCCGAAACUUUGAUAAAUUCGAUGAGGCGCGAUUAGAGAAUGAGAAACAAAUUCCAUUAAAACCAGCACUAGGAGACAAGACAAUUUCUUCGAAAGACCUAAAAUUUGUGGGUUACACAUUCAAAAAUUUUGAAAUCGUCAACAAUCAUGGACAACAUCAAAAAGCAGAAUCGACGAAAAAGAAGAAAAAGGUCCCUUCUGUUAAAUCUAUCUUCAACACAAGUGAUGCAUCUAAAAUGAGCUCAUCGAAUCUCUUCACUACUCAACUGAAGUACAAGGAGCCUCACUUAUUUAUCAAUUGAUGAUCAAGGAGAAUUCACUAUCACAAACACCUCCCAUUUGAGGAAGAAAGAUAU